AUGGGCAUGGGCCAAACCGUCAAGUGCGUCUUCCGCCUGACGUUCCUCCUUAAGCGGGCCGAGCGAUCACUCCCAGGGAAGGGCAAAUCAGUCGAUCACAGUCACAGCCUUCCCCCCUCGGGACCCUACUGCACAGCCGGGGCAGGGAUGCCCGACCAUGACGACGAGGACGACGUCUCCUCUCUCGGCGAGGACACGGACGUCGACAUGGGCCUGUACGCCGACCCCCAUCUAGCGGUGAGCGUGGAUGCAGGCAGCGGCAGCAGCAGCAACAACAGCAGCAGUAGCAGCAAACGGCGGCUGGUGCGCGUCGUCAGCUGGACAAGUAUCGCGGAUCGAGCAUCGGCGCGGUGGACGAUAGCGCAGGAGCGCGAGCUGGCGAUCGCAGAGCAGGAGUUGGCGCGAUGUCAGAAGGCGUGGAGUUCGGAGCAGGAGCUGUGGUUGGAAUAUUACCUGGCUCUUGACGCCACCCUUUGA